GACGUCAUUUCCGGUGCUGCCAUUUUGCGGUUGCGGAUCGGUCUCGAGCUGCUGCUGCGUCUCUCACCGAACACCGAUAAAACAGUCUUAACGUCAAAGCCCCGCUCAACCCCGGCGAAAUGUCAGAUUUUGACAGCAACCCCUUCGCGGACCCGGACUUCAGCAACCCGUUUCAGGAUCCGUCAGUGACACAAGUAACGCGGACUGCCCCGCCUGGCCUGGAGGAAUACAACCCUUUCACAGACACGAAGCCGGUCCCGCCGGGCUCCGCCCCUAAAUCGGUCCCGCCCACAGCCAACACGCAGCCGGCCAUCAUGAAGCCCACCGAAGAACCGCCAGCUUACACUCAGCCUCAGCAGACACAGGAUCAGGCGCGAGCCCAGGCCGAGUUACUGAGGAGACAGGAGGAGCUGGAGAGGAAAGCCGCGGAGCUGGACCGCAGGGAGAGAGAGAUGCAGUCUCUCAGCGCGUCAGGAGGGAGGAAAAACAACUGGCCGCCUCUUCCAGAGAAGUUUCCGGUGGGUCCGUGUUUCUAUCAUGACAUAUCCGUGGACAUCCCUGUGGAGUACCAGAAGACCGUCAAGAUCAUGUACUAUCUGUGGAUGUUCCACACGGGGACGCUGUUUGCCAAUAUAUUCGGCUGUUUGUCGUGGUUCUGUGUCGAUGCGUCGAGGGGAGUGGAUUUUGGUCUGGCCAUGCUGUGGUUCAUGCUCUUCACACCCUGUUCUUUUGUCUGCUGGUACAGACCUCUGUAUGGAGCGUUCAGGAGUGACAGUUCUUUUAGGUUCUUUGUAUUCUUCUUUGUCUAUAUCUGCCAGUUUGGUGUCCAUGUUUUGCAAGCCAUUGGCAUUACAGGUUGGGGAGCCAGUGGCUGGAUCUCAGCGCUGACCGGCCUCAACCAAAGUAUUCCUGUCGGCAUCAUCAUGAUCCUGAUCGCCGCCCUCUUCACCGCGUCGGCCGUCAUCUCUCUCAUCAUGUUCAAAAAGGUUCACGCGCUGUACCGGACCACCGGGGCCAGUUUCGAGAAGGCGCAGCAGGAGUUCGCCACCGGCGUCAUGGCCAACAAAACGGUGCAGACCGCCGCUGCUAACGCCGCCUCCUCCGCUGCCCGGGGAGCCUUCAAAGAGCAGAUCUGAUUGGCCCAGAGAACUCCGACUCCGCCCGUGCUACUCUGACCCCGCCCUCCGCAUUCCUCCCAACUGUCUUUACAGCCAAUCAUCAGCUCCGACUGGCUGUUCAAGACCACUCCCACACUCUUUGACUUAAUGCACUCCUGUGACUGACUGAGACCCCGCCCACUGCCCCUCCCCUCCUGUCAAUCAUCAGGUGUGCUCACCUGCUCUUUAGUUGGAGUGUGUGUGUGUGUGUGUGUGUGUGUGUGUGUGUGUGUGUGACGCCUGUCUGUGUGAAAACAGCCUGAAGAGUCCCUUUAUGUGUUCACAUCACUGUUGGGUGUCAGUUUGUCCCUGUUUGAACAACAGGAAGUGAUGUCAUCCAGUCUCCUUUUGUGGGAUCCAAGGAAAAAAGAACGGUUAUGCCCUCACAGGUCUGUCUUACCGGUCACCUCCGCUUAAACACACACCGCUUACAAUCACACAUCCAGGUCACGUUUAACCUCAAAAUCCAAAGAACGUAAACACGAUAUUUUGCCUCAUUUUUGUGACCGUUGAGCACAUUUAAAUGGCUAUUAACCAUUAAAAAAAAUAAAUAAAAAGAUUUUUUUCACAUUCGGCUUGAUUGUCACAAAAAUGUCAUGAAUGCAAAUGCCAUGCACAGAAUAUUUUGUGGCGUAACAUGACGUUUUGCAUGCAAAAUGUAGCUCGCCUGUGAAUUUCGGGGCGUAAUUUUGUGCAACAAAAAGCCUUUUUUGACACGAUGGGAUUCUACCGUGACCUCUUGCGUUAAAAUCUUCGGAUUUUGGUGUAAACUGCGACAACAAAAUACGGCUUCUCUUUACAUUUUAGGGUGUAACGCAACCGUUUGUGUAACCAGAUUUGCCAUUUCAUUGGUUUUCAGUCUACAGCGUGCAUUACAAAAAACCUCAUUUUUUUAAUAUACAACAUGACCUUUUGCAAAACACUUCUUUGGAUCUUGUUGUAAUAUGGCCCUUGUUUUUGGUGCAAUUCACCCAAGUAUGAUUCUAAACGUUUGAUCCUGCGAAUGAGCCGUCGGUGCACAGAAACGCUCCACACGCACCUCAGAGGGUCUCCUUACCUGUACAUAUAUAAAUAUAUAUAUAUAUAUAUAUAAAAACCUGUAUGAAGACUUAAAGUAUUGACUGAUUUUAAACACAUGAAUGAUUUUGAGGCUUUUUUUGUUGAUGUUUUUUUUUCAAAUAGAGUUGUUUUGGAAUGGAAACUAAUUCUUAAAAGCGUGAACCACUCGGGAUACGUUCCUGCACAUGCAUGGAAAGCUUACAGGAUUAACUGGAAAACCCCUUUAAAAUCCCAGUUAAAGUGUGUGCAUCGCCCCGAACAUCGCUAGCGUGUAAGACCGAGCCGUGCUGGGCCGCCUGGGCUGGGAUCCUGAAUCACACUGUCUGUCGUCGUUUGAAGCGUAGAGCUUUUUAAGUGAUGUUUGUUUUCCUCUUUUUAUCGACUGGAGCAGAGAACCUUGUAGCCUUGGUUACUGUCGCCAAGAGACAGCUAAGUUUUGCAGUUAUGGGAUAUGCAUCAAGAUGCAGAUUGAUCUUGAUCUUAACCUUUCAGCAACACUCUGUGUGUGUGUGAGUGUGUGUGUGUGUGUGUGUGUGUGUGUGUGUGUGUGUGUGUGAGAGAGAGAACAAACUGUGUUCAUCACCUAUUUUCAGUAUUGAGUUUGUUUGAAGUCUUUUUAAUUUAUAACUUUAAAGAAGUAGUCCACCCGAAAUGUUUUUUUUUUUGGGGUGAAACAUUUCAAUGUUCUUUACUUUCUUUAAAAUGUCAUUGAGUGUAAUAUUUGUGUUCUGAAUCUUUUUUUCAGUCGUGUAAGGUUCUCUUUACACUCUGUGUGUGUGUGUGUGUGUGUGUGUGAGAGAGAGAGAGAGUUACUGCAAGUCGUUCUUCCUUUUAUAAAUAAGUUUCAACAAAUGGCACCUGAAUGUUCCUCUAUUUUUGUUCGUUUCGUAUCGCUUUCAUUUAAAACAGGAAAAAAAAACCCUUCAAGAAUCUAUUGGGAGCGCGAGACGACAGAAAAACUGACGUGACCUCUUGUGUUUGGUGCAAUGGAUCGUGGCUUUAAGCUGUCUUUUUUUAAUUAGUAAUGUUAGUCGACUUAGCUGAAACACUGAACGGAUUGAAGAGCAUCACUGGUUGUACUGCUACUACUACACUGACAUUAUUUAAAAGAGACGCGAGGGAUAUUUGUAUAUUUUGUAUAACUCAAGGAACGGUGGCCUGUCGUCCUGGAUUUCAUUGUACUGUACAAAUGCACUCAUGUCUCGCUCCCUUAGUCGCAUGUUGAGUAGUUUGAGUUUUGUAUAUUUAUUGUAUUAACACAAAAAUAAAAUUAAAAAAAAACAACUACAUAAAA